AUGUUGUCAAAGCUUCAGUGUCAACCCGAUGGUCCAUGUUUUUGGUGGGUGGAUGCGAAGGAUGCGCAAGCCGAGAAGAAGCUAGCAAAUCACCAGAGCCGGAUGGGUCAUUCGAGCUCGCUCGCUUUUGACAGCUCCCUCGAUGCUGCACUCAGAGCUCAUCAAGAGAAGAAACGUCGAAAACGGGAACUUGGGCUAGCGACCACUGUCGCGAUAGGAGAUGCGGAGAUUCUUGUUGCUCAGUCUUCAACUGCUAGUGGCCCCUACGCUGCUACCUCUGACUCUCUUGCAACCUUCGACGACAACACUGCUGUGAUGUCGGAACCUGAUGACACCGAUAUGGCCCACCCACAAACACAUCUUGAGCCAGAGUCAGAUCCUCCACUCCCUCCACCAUCUCCUUUGCGACCCGUACGAAAUCGACGCCCAACAUGGAAAAUUCUUGCGCAGUUGCCCGAACCUCCGCCACCUCCGCCCGAUCGAGAUGACGAGCUCGAGGAGCCUGAUCAGUUGGUGCCAUUUCAGUGGGAGGCUAGAAACACAUCGCGAAAUGGCUUUGGUCUUUUCCGCGAGUACCCAUGCACUCCCUCUCAUAACCCUGACGGCAAUACCUCACUCGCUGAUCAAUCUGAUGUCCCGACCGCCUCCGUGGAGUCCUUUCCAGCCACAGGAGACUCUCGACUGUCACCGCUGGCCGCGCCUGCAGAUGCUUUAGCGGCUGUGGGCCAAUCAGCAUCGUAUGGGCCUUUUGGCAACUUCACAGUCUGGGGUCUCAUGAACUGGAUGUGGACAGGCUCAGCGAUGAAGAGCAUUGGAGAAUGUGCGCGUUUGCUGGACUAUCUCAAGUCCCCGCUCUUCAAUGUUGCUGAUCUUAUGUCAUUCGACAUUAAAGCUCAAACCAAACGAUUCGACAACUAUCUCCGGGGGGAAGGGAUAGAUUCGGGGGGAACUGAAAGCGAGGUCAAGGAUGGAUGGCAAUCUGCAAGUGUCGAAAUAGACGUUCCCGACCCACGAAAAGGGAUGAAGGGUCCGCUCAAGUACACGAUCGAAGGGCUCCGCUUGCGCAGCCUGACCGAGACGGUGAAGACUGUUCUAAGCGAUUUCUCCCGCUUCUUCCACUACACGCCCUUUCGCCAAUGGUGGCAGCCGGUUACCGAUGGGCUAACGCAGCGCGUCUAUGACGAAAUCUAUUCAUCCGAUGCCUAUAUCCGCACUUACAAGGAGCUGCAGCGUAGCCCACGGGAGCCAGGCUGCACAUUGGAGCGCUGUAUAGUGGCUCUGAUGUUCUGGUCCGACUCAACGCAGCUCGCCAACUUUGGGACGGCAGCACUCUGGCCGAUUUACCUGUUCUUUGGUAAUCAGUCAAAGUGGGUGCGGGGGAAACCACGAGCACGAGCUUGCCAUCACAUUGCUUAUAUGCCAAAGCUUGCUGAUGACUUCUUCGACUGGUUCAAGACAACAACAGGUGAAGCGCCAACUUUGGAGAUGCUUACGCACUGUCGGCGGGAACUUUUCCACACCAUAUGGCGGCUUAUCCUCGACGACAAGUUCAUGGAGGCGUGCGAGCAUGGGAUUGAAAUUCUCUGUCCUGACAAUAUCUGGCGGCGCUUCUACUUCCGCGUCUUCACAUACUCAGCCGACUAUCCCGAGAAGGUUCUUCUGGCCACAAUAUGCAGUCUGAGCCGCUGUCCCUGCCCACGGUGUCUUCUGACGGCUGACCAAUUCAAUCAACUGGGCACUGUCAACGACAAUAAACGACAAGCCAAACUCCACCGUGUUGAUGACCAUCGCCAUCGUGGCCUUGUUCGACGUGCCCGGGCUAAGGUAUACGACAAGAACCUGGCCCCGUAUGGAGCUGCUGUCAAGCGCAUCCUGGGACCGGAAUCCUACGUUCCCGUCAUGAAUGCUUUCAGUAAUGUGUCCACCUUCACGUGGGACAUCUUCCAGAUGCUAGCUCCUGAUCUUAUGCAUGAGCUGGAGCUGGGUUUGCCAACGCUGGUGACGCUAUCACUAGCCUCAACUGGCGCUAUCGACAGAUGCCAGCCUUUGGUCGAGACACAAUUCGGGCGGUUUACGAACAACACAUCCGCAAUGAAACGUCUUGCUGCCCGGGACUACGAGGACUUAUUGCAGUGUGCCAUGCCUGUAUUUGAAGGCCUGUUGGACGAUGAUGUCUAUGGUGACAAUGAUGUCAUCCAAGACCUGUUGUUCAGUAUGGCAUACUUUCAUGCGCUAGCCAAGCCGACUUGGGCUAUCAACUCCGCCCGUUUCGCGAAAUCGACCUGCAAACACUUUGUCACAAAGGAGCUUCCUCGGGAGGAGGCUGCCCGCCGCAAGAAGGCUGCACGGAAGGCCCCGACAUCAACCGUUGAUUCCAGCCCACAGUUCAAAGCGUUUAACCUCACGACUGUCAAAAUGCACCUGAUUGGUUACUACCCACUGGAAAUCCCCUUCUUUGGAACGACUGACUCAUAUUCGACCGCACCAGGGGAACUCGAACACAAGCGAGGCAAGGGUUUUUACAGCCGGACCAGCAAGAAUGGUGCUGUUACUCAGAUCUCUAAUCUCGAGCGUCGUGAGGCUGAGCUACUACGCAUUCAAACCAAGGUCCAGGCUGCUGCUGCUGCCCCUCCAAUCGCAACUCUUGACACUUCAUCCAAGCGCAAACGAGGCACAGCCAAGGCGCGAGCCAAAUCAACUGGCACUACUCUGAGCUUUGCUGACUCUGAAUCUCUUCCGUAUACGCCACCCGAUUUCCCUCAUCAUAUUUCCCAAAGUCGUAACUUUUAUUUCACUCUGGAUAACUGGCUGGAUGAAAAUACUGGUGACCCAGCCAUUAAGAACUUCCGACGACCUUAA